AAAGUAUAUAUCAGGUGGAAAAAGCUCCUUAAAGUAAUGCUCACAGGUUACCACUUUUUACAGUCUGGUUUUAAAUGUUAAUAUUAAAUACUUAAAUAUUAAUCACAGUGUAGUUUAAAUAUUAACAUCAGUCUUAUUAAUAUUAAAUAUUGGUGUAAACAUAAGCAAGCAGAAAACAAGCAGUUAGUAAACGAAUAGAGUGCCAGUCUAAAAGAGACAAGUUUUUUUUUUUUAAAGAAUAGAAUUAGAAUAGAGAGUGCUAGAGUUGUGGGAAAUACAGAGAGAGAACAAAGAGAGAUACUUUUGAAUGCUGUAUUUUCUCAGUAGCCUUCAUGAUCUCAUCUUCUUCAAACGUUCCUCUUAUUUUUAGGACUACACCCUCACCAUGUAUUUCCAGCAGGCUUGGCGAGACAAGCGCUUGUCGUACACGGAGAUCCCUCUGAAUCUAACCUUGGAUAACCGCGUGGCUGACCAGCUGUGGGUGCCCGACACCUACUUCCUCAACGAUAAGAAAUCCUUCGUUCACGGAGUGACAGUCAAGAACCGAAUGAUACGCCUGCAUCCCGACGGCACUGUGCUCUACGGAUUAAGGAUCACCACCACCGCGGCCUGUAUGAUGGACCUGAGGCGAUACCCGCUGGACGAGCAGAACUGCACGCUGGAGAUCGAGAGCUAUGGCUACACCACAGAUGAUAUCGAGUUUUACUGGCGAGGGGGAAACGGAGCCGUUUCUGGGGUGGAGAGGAUCGAGCUGCCUCAGUUCUCCAUCGUGGACUACAAACUCAUCUCCAAGAACGUGGUUUUCUCCACAGGUUCUUAUCCCCGUCUGUCUCUGAGCUUCAAACUCAAGAGGAACAUCGGUUACUUCAUCCUGCAGACUUACAUGCCCUCGAUCCUAAUCACCAUCCUGUCCUGGGUAUCCUUCUGGAUCAACUACGAUGCUUCUGCUGCCCGUGUGGCUUUAGGUAUCACCACCGUGCUGACCAUGACCACCAUUAAUACUCACUUGCGAGAGACGCUUCCCAAGAUUCCCUACGUGAAAGCCAUAGACAUGUACCUGAUGGGCUGCUUUGUCUUUGUGUUCCUGGCGUUGCUGGAGUAUGCCUUUGUCAACUACAUCUUCUUCGGGAGAGGCCCACAGCGGCAGAAGAAGGCGGCAGAAAAAGCCGCCACGGCCAACAAUGAGAAACUCAGACCCGACCCCAACAAGUGGUUGGUGGGAAGUGUAGUUCAGAGAGACGAUACUCUCUAUGCCAGAAUGAAACAGAGGGAAAUUGACGGGUAUGACUCGAUGUGGGAUCCGAUCUUUGCGGAGGAUGCAGCAUUAGGACUAGGCGAUCAAAGACUUAAGAUGACCGCCGAUGAUAUCCGGCUGACCACGGUUGAGAUGAAGAACGAGAUGGGUCCGUCUGAUCUGUCCAGGGGUCUGGGUGACCCGCGUAACACCAUGCUAGCCUACGACAGCUCCACCCUUCAGUACCGCCGAGCGGCCAUGGCUCGGCAAAACUACGGCCACAGCGCCCUGGAGCGCCACGCCACCCAGAAGAAAAGCCGGCUCAGGAGACGGGCUUCCCAGCUCAAGGUCAACAUCCCGGACCUCUCCGACGUCAACUCCAUCGACAAGUGGUCGAGGAUGAUCUUCCCCACCGUGUUUUCCUUCUUCAACAUAGUUUACUGGCUUUACUACGUGCAUUAAAAGCAUCCGGAGAGCGGAACAGACUAAAAGAGAAAACAAAGAAGAGUAAAAAAGAGAACAAAACAAUACACCUUUUGCUGAUUUAUUUCAAAUAUAUAGCGGAAA